AUGUCAACCACAUCUGCCACCAAGCACGUUAACUUCAAAGUCGGAGCCAACGACUGGAACAAGACUUCCGCGAACUAUGCAGCAAAUGUCUCCAGAACACCCAUGAGCAUUCCCAUAACCCGACUUAUCGAACUGCUCGACUCCCAUUCAUCCUUGUCGUCCGCAACUUCUAUUCUAGAUAUCGGCUGUGGCCCCGGCAGUGCAACUUCUCAAAUCAUCUCUUCGCAUCAUGCAACUCUGCCCACCACCACCCAACUCCUCGCUACAGACUUCAGCAGCGGGAUGGUGGGAGCUGUAUCCCAAGCGCGUGCCUCCAAGCUCAAUGAGUUGAGUCUAGGCACAGAGAAGGAAGCUUGGGCUAGGGUGACUCCUCUGGUAAUGGAUGCCAUGAACCUUGCACCUUUACUCGACAACUCAACCUCGCACAUCAUUGCCAAUUUCGUCUUCUUCAUGGUCGAAGACCCGGCAAAGGCACUUAAGGAAACUUAUCGUGUCCUCAAGCCCCACGGUGUAGGCGCAUGCUCCUCUUGGAGCCGCUUGCAAUGGAUGGAAUCACUCGCCAUCGCUGCCUCUCGCACCUUCCCGAAGCUCAACAAGCCCACCCCUGAGAUGCCUACAGUCUCUCCUUCAUGGACUAGUUGCGAAGGCGUAAGCGAGCAACUCAAAACAGCAGGAUUCAAAGAGAUACAUACCGAGUAUGUGGAGGCACCCAUCGUUAUGCCUGAUGUAGAGCAAUUCGCGCACUUCUUCUUGACCAGUGGGAAUCCUGCAGUCACUUGGAUCACAGACAUCCUGGACGAGCAAGAGGUCAAAGAGGUGGAAAAGGAGCUUGUGCAGGUGGUCAGAGAGAAUUGCGAAAAGAACGAUGAAGGUGCUUAUGUGCUUGCCGGUACUGCUGUUGUUGCCAUCGGCCGCAAGUAG